UAAGGCGAUGGGAUUCUCGAUUAGGCGAUUCUUUACCUGUCCAGCAUGGACAAGGAAAACUUUCCUCAAUAAAUAAGCCCACAGCCCCACACCAAGUUGUCCAUUCUUAAAUUAAAUCUCUCUCUCUCUCUCUCUCUCUCUCUCUGCCUAGAACCCAGAAGACCAGAGAGCCACAAGCAACCAAAGCUAAGAAUGCAGAUCUUCGUCAAGACCCUCACCGGUAAGACCAUCACUCUCGAGGUCGAGAGCAGCGAUACUAUCGACAACGUCAAAGCCAAGAUUCAAGACAAGGAAGGCAUUCCUCCUGAUCAGCAGAGAUUGAUUUUUGCUGGUAAACAAUUGGAAGAUGGUAGAACCCUGGCUGAUUACAACAUCCAGAAGGAGUCAACUCUUCACCUGGUUUUGAGGCUAAGGGGAGGAACUAUGAUCAAAGUGAAGACCCUCACUGGGAAAGAGAUUGAAAUUGAUAUCGAACCAACUGAUACCAUUGAUCGGAUCAAGGAACGAGUUGAGGAGAAGGAAGGAAUUCCUCCAGUACAGCAAAGGCUUAUUUAUGCUGGUAAACAGCUUGGAGAUGACAAAACAGCUCGUGACUACAAUAUUGAGGGUGGCUCUGUGCUGCAUCUUGUGCUUGCCCUGAGGGGUGGCAGUAUUUAGAUAUUGCUUACAGUAUCAGGAAAAUCCACUUGUUGAGAUUUUGUUGCAAAUUAGUACUAUCAACACAUUUGUUGGGAACAACUUGUGAUGUGUGGAUAGACUCAUAUGACAGAGAAUAUGUUCUGAUCAAUUUUUAUACACAAAUUGUGCAUUUGCAUUUAACUAAAAUAUCUUCUUUUGCCAA